UUACCUAUCCGCCAGGUAGAGACACAGUGUGCUGUGGGCCCCCUCGCGAUCAACGCGAACGAAACUCAACGCUACCAGUUACCUGUGUAUACGUACACUCUCGGCGUGCAACAAAACGACGUUCCAAAAAAAUAAACAACAAACUCAGCAAAGACAAUUUUAAGAAAAAUUUACAAAAAAAAAUCGAAAACAAGAAAGAUUUUUUCAUUUGUUGUUAAAUCAAAGAAACUCUUAGUAGUGCGCGAAUCGUGUGUCUUAUUUUCCUCAAGAAGGCUGUGAAAGGACGUGGUAACCAACUGACGACGACAACAACAACCUGUUGAUACCAUUACGAUUAUAUUCUCUCUCUACAAAACGAAAAGAAAAAAUACUGUUGAUAGAAGAAAAUUAAAAAAAAAAGAAACGAACAAGUUUUUCAAGUUUGUAAAAAAAAAAAGAAAUUUUUAUCUAAAAUUUAAGUGUUUUAUACAAAUCGUGUUUUUUCUCUACAACUUCUUCGUAAAGUUAACACAAAAAUUACAAAAUUAAAAGAAAAUAGGAUAAAUUUUUUGCCGGAUCAAAAAGCGUGUUUAGGAGCAUCUGGAAAUCACACGCGGUUUUAUCUUGCUCGAUAGAUGGAGAUAAAGAGGCCAGAUAACGACGGGCAGUAAAAAUAAAUUUUGAGGAAUAUUUCCCGUUGAGAACCUGAGAGAGAAACAACGACGAACAGACACACAUCUACGUAAUAUUAUACAAGUAGAUAGAUAUACAAGCGCUGUGGCAACAAGUUGGUCGUCGUCAAAGCGUGGCAACAUGGCGGCGCCCUAACAUAACCUUAACACGCACGGAAAAAAAGACGUUGAGAGGAAUUUAUUGAACUAAAAAGGAACCGCUAAUGAGCAUCAAAGGAAUUAACAUGAUCGGAACACAUCAUAUAUGCGUUAUGUACGUUGCGACGGCGGGUUUACAAGGCCCUCUAAUGGGAUCUGAUGAACAGGAAAUCGUCCUUCUCAUAUAUGUCAUCAUUGACACCAUACAAAAUCAGAUUGUGGGUAUGCAACAAUAUCCAAUACGACCACUUGCGGCAGACGUGAAUGAAAACAUCCUCUCAGAACAAUUAACCUCGGAAUCCGUGUUAACGGACGAACUCAUCAAAUCUUCAGGGAGACAGCUGGAUACGGCUCUAGCGGACUUCGAGGCCUAUUGCGACAACAUGCACAUCGACCCGCACAAUCCCGGAUUUAGGAUAGUAACGGAUGGACAGUUGCCUCUCAGGCAGUGUCUGCACCCGGAAUCCUGCCGGAAGGAGAUCGACCUGCCGUUGUAUUAUUCCACGUUCAACGACCUUCGGAAGGAGGUCGCACGAUUUAAGAAGACCGACACACUGCCACAAAGCGUCUCCGAUAUGUUGGGAUGUUUAGAAAUCGCCGCGGAAACGGAGACCGAGUUUUACAAAAAAGAAGCGAAAGAUAUGGUGAAUAUAGUCAAGACGCUAAUCAUGGAAGGAUAUCGAUUUGAUGCACCUGAAACUAUAGCAUUGAUAUUAGAACCUGGAAUAUGCUCGAAAGACGAUGAAAUUGACGGAAACUGUGUGGUGAGAGCAAGAGGAUUACCCUGGCAAAGUAGUGAUCAGGAUAUUGCUAAGUUCUUUCGAGGACUUAAUGUUGCCAAGGGUGGUGUAGCUCUUUGCCUUUCACCACAAGGAAGAAGAAACGGUGAAGCCCUGGUGCGAUUCAUUAAUCAAGAACACAGAGAUAUGGCGUUAAAAAGGCAUAAACACCACAUUGGACAGAGAUACAUAGAGGUGUAUAGAGCUUCCGGUGAAGAUUUUCUUGCGGUAGCUGGUGGUUCUAAUUGUGAAGCUCAAGCGUUUUUAUCCCGAGGAGCGACGGUUAUUGUACGAAUGAGAGGUCUCCCAUAUGAUUGCACCGCAAAACAAGUGCUGGAUUUCUUUGCUGCUGGUGACAAUCCUUGUCAAGUACUCGACGGUACGGAUGGUGUACUUUUUGUUAAAAAACCAGAUGGACGAGCAACAGGAGAUGCUUUUGUACUAUUUGCGAAUGAAUCGGAUGCACCGAAAGCUCUUAAAAAACAUCGAGAGAGUAUAGGAUCGAGAUACAUAGAAUUGUUUAGGUCAACAACAGCCGAAGUUCAGCAAGUUUUAAAUCGAUCUCUGGAUCCAAAAACGUAUGAGCAACCAACGCCUUUAAUUGCACAGAUACCGCAAAUGCCUUUACUACCACAACAUAUAAUAACUUCUGGAACAAGAAAAGACUGUGUUAGACUGAGGGGUUUACCAUACGAGGCUCAGGUGGAACAUAUUUUGGAAUUUUUGGGGGAUUAUGCGAAGAAUAUUAUUUUUCAAGGUGUACAUAUGGUGUAUAAUGCUCAAGGUCAACCAAGUGGUGAAGCGUUUAUUCAAAUGGAUUCUGAGAAAUCGGCUUUUAUAACUGCCCAAAGCAAACACCAUCGAUACAUGACGUUCGGUAAAAAGCAGCGUUACAUCGAAGUGUUUCAGUGUUCUGGCGAGGAUAUGAAUCUCGUGCUGACGGGAGGAAUCCCAGCACCCGUUUCACCGGCAAAGGCGGCCCCCGCUCUGCUCAGCCCCGGUGGAAGUAUUAUACCAGCACCUUUUCAUCCAGGCGCUAAUUUUCCUGGGUACGCCCCGGUACAAUUGGCAGCACCAGCUUUAGGUCCACGACAAUUUUUCCCCCCGCCCAUCUUCUAUUGGCCUUAUCCAAGUCCACCAGUUUCGCCAACAAGUUAUUAUACGCCAACGAUGCCACCACCUGGUGCUAUUCCACCACAACAACCUCAACAAGCCAUGAUUCCUCCAGAUUGUAUUCCAAUUCAACCAAUGGGUGGGCCGAUUCCAACAAUCGACGGAAGAUUUCUCCAUGAUACAUUUACAAGAGCUGAACAUGAGAAACAAAGAGCAAACUUCGGUAAUCAAUACGUCGAAUUAUUGAUUUAGAAAAAAGAAUCGAAAAAUUAUAAGAUUAAAAAGUUGAUAUUUCCAAAAAUUCUUAAAAAAAUCAAAUAAUCGAAAUCGUUAUUAGUGAUUAUUAUUUAGCUAUAUAUCUUUUUAAUUUCGAUUUAUGUUUUUUAAAUUAUAACUUAUCGACGUGUCUCAUAUCAAAUUAAAAAAUAAAACUACGACAACUUAAUUUAAAUAGUAGAAUAAAUAAUUUCCGAAAAAGAAAUAUUAAAGAGAAGUAGUUAGACCAUUAAAGAUUUAUAUAAUAAAUAAUAUAUAUUUUAUAAUUGUUAAACGCAUUAAAUUUUAUAUAAAAAAACGCCUUAUAAUAUAAAAAUAUAAAAAGAACAAUUUAAUUAUUACAUUAAUCUAGUUAGCACAAAAAGAAGUGCAAUUUUUUAUACAUACAUAUUAUUAGUAAAUAUGUAAAGUUAGCAAUGUCGAAUUAUUUUUAUUUUUUACACAUACACAGUCAACUUUACUUACUGAUUUUUGCCCCUCAUAGAAUUAGCGAUUCGCGUGUGAACUUUAUUAUUAUUUUUUGAUAUGAAUAUAGGUUAGUGAUUUAGAUAAAGACAAUAAUUAAUAUCGGAUGCAGCAAAUAUUACUAUGUCUUCCAAAAAGAAUAAGAAAAUAUACAAUAUUCGUCAAAAAAUUAAUAUCAAGGUAUUAAAACCUAACUAAAAAAGAAAUGUUUUGGAAAUAAAUUUUUGACGAAAAUUGUGGAAACAAAACGCUCAAUUUUCGCAAAGCACGCGGUAGAUGCGUCGUCUAUGUCCUCGCUUAGCGAUUUUAGUUAGAUUUACUUUGUGAUUUAUAGCUUAUAGUCGCAAAAUGCUAUUUUUUACACUUUCAAUUUAUUAUUAUUAAAAAAAAAAUACUAACUAAAAAAAAUAUAUAUACUAUAUUAAUAAAUAGCUAAUGUAAGACCAAAGUCAGUUUGAGCAAAAAAAAAUUCCUUUUUGCAACGAAUUAUUCUAGUUAUUCGAGUAAACGCUUCGAUGGAGCUAUCUCAUUGUGUAUUUUAUUUUAUAUAAUAUAUAACAAUUAAUUAAUUGAUCGUGUAUAAUACAGAGCUUGUCGAUCAAGCGAGCAAAUAGUCCCUGUGCAAUAUACACUGUUUAAAAGAAAUUUGAAAGAAACGAUUCAAUAAUAGAAAGUUUUGAUAAAUACAUUAAAUUUAUUUAAAUACUUAUAACGUUCGUAGUGAGAAGAGAAAAGAAAACUGCAUAUUAUCAUCCAUUAUAAUUACUAAAUAAUUUCUAGUUCUAAAUCAAAAGCAACUUAGUCGUCAUUUCUAUGAUUAUAAUUUUACUAUUUUUUUUUUGUUUUUAAUUAUUACAACUAAAUAAUUUUGUAGCUUUAGUCCGCUAAACUCACGAACUACGUAUAAGAUUCGAUCGAAAACUAUGUUCGUAUGGCCUAUAGUACUCUAUAUGACACAUUUUUUUUGUUUGUUAGUACGACAAAUCGAUCGAUAACCGCGAGAAACAGAGUCUACUUAACUGUAGAGAAAAGAACGAAAGCGUAUGUAAGUAUAAAUGAGUAUGUACUGUAAGAUUAUUACUGAAUGAAAGAAAAAAUGACGUUAUAACCCGGAUGUUUAUUUUUUGAGAACUGUGAGAGAGAAAUAGAAAAACGUUAAUCUAUUACAAUUUUAUUAUUGUACUACGACAUGUACUGCAAUUGUUGAGAUAAAUAGAUAAUAAAUAUUGAAUUGUUAGUAA